GGCGCUCACAACUCGCAGACGAAGGGCAGGAGAGCGUCGCAAGGGCUGGGCGCGAGCCCUUGGGCGUCCAGGCAGACGCACUCCGCGCUGUCCUCUGGAGAGUGGCGCGCGACGUUCCAUAGCGCCGCUUCCUUCUCGCUCAUCUUCUUGCCUGAGAGCACGCGGGAGGAGUCUCAGUCACAGCCUUUGACAGUGCAUGAAGGUCUCCAAAUAUUCAGUAAGACGUUAAGGACAAAACAUGGAUUCAUGGAAGAAAUGAGCGUUUUCCUUGGUCCUAUUGUGUUCGUGCAAAGCUUGGCCACGUCUAUCUUGUUAUGUUCAUCUAUACUGCAUCUUACUUUGAUUAGUACGAAAAGUGUCAAGUUUUAUGCAGUGGCAAUGUUUGUCACAUUUGAGAUGGGUGAACUGUAUCUAUACUGCCAGAUGGGUACAGAAUUACAGCAU